GUUGCCUAGCAACCCACAGCCGCCGCCGGGCGCGGCCCCCAUGGGCUCCCGCGAGCAGGCCGGGCUCUGCCCCCAGCCCCGGGCGCCGGGCGAGGCUCAGGCGCUGCGGCCGUCCUCCUGCUUGCAGCCGGGCUCGGAGCCGGGCGGCCCGGGGGGCUUAGCGCCCGAACCGCGGCACGACGAGCUGCGCGUCCCCUCCCCGCUGCGCGCCCGCUGUCCCGACACCUGCGACAGGGCGACGUCGCCGGACCCGCCCGCAGGCGACCUCCGGUCCGGCCGAGGCCGCGCUGAGGAGCAGAAUGGGAACAAAGAGCCUCCAGGGCAGCACCGUCCCGCGGGGGAUCCGUGCGAAAGGCAUUCAGACACCGUCCCGUGGUACAUCAGUGCCAUUAACGAAAAGGAAGAGUGUCUAGUAACACUGGUAGAAGAGAUCGAUCGUCUUGAAAAGUACAAGGCAGAGUGUGGACAGAAGGAUGUUGUGAUCGCUAAUCUCCUGAAGGAAGUGGAAAGUCUGAAGAAACACCUGGACUCGCUCGAGGACAGCGCUGACACAAAGGCGGACAGAGAAACGGAACAAGGGAGCUCAAGUGAAGAAGACACUGAAGUUCCAAAUGAAGCAAGUGCCCUGGGGACCAUUGCAGAGCGGGCAGAAGCAGAGAAGCAGGAACUGAUGGCUCAGCUCGCUGCGUUCCAGAAAGCCCACAAAGAACUCAGUGCAGAACUGCAAAAAGCAGAACAUGACUACAACAUGGUUACAGGUGCCAUGUGUUCCUUGCAAAGACAACUGGAGAUCCAAGAAUCCCAGCUUCGGAGAAGCAAAUCUGAAAAUGAAAGGCUCCAAAAGGAGCUCAGAGGGCGAGAAGAUCAGCUGCAAGCCAUGUCUGCCAAGUUUAGCAGUUUGAGAGAAGAAAGGAAACACGAAGAAUUGAUGGCAGCGGUGGAGAAGGAGAACUACAGUCUUCGACAGGUUGUUACAGAGCAAGAAUCCAAACUGGAUGAGCAGAUCGAGCUGAUCAGUGAUUUACAGGGCACAGUCUGGCAGCUGCAGGCGGAGGCUCUGACCAAUCGACACUACAUCCAGAAGCAGCAGUGUGCCCAAGAGGAGAUGCAGAGCCAAGCUGAAAUGCUGCAGCACGCAGAGCUACAAACCAGAGUGGCACUUGAGUGCAUCACCAGCAAGUUUGAAAGAUUUCGGAGCAAAAUAAUUCAGGCUACGUUCAGCACAGCAGGCAUCAAAGCUCCCCAGGCAGAACUCACUGAUGAGGAGGUGCUGGAGGCAAUGCAGAAAAUAAUAAACGAGCGGAUGGAGUUCCACCAGAUGCUGAAACAAAAAGGUAUCAAGGUUCCAUCUCUCACCAGCAUUGACACAUUUACUUCAUCACCGACCACUACAAAGGGGAGGAAGUAGAGUCCUGCAAGGUCACAUCUCAACGCCUGCAGAACGGCCUGAGCGCUCAGCUCCCAGCACAUCACCACUUUCAUCCUCCUGCUCCUUUGUUUCCUGGUGGGGACUUACUAACCAACGAAACUCACUUAAAUAAAGUUCUGCACUAAUUCAGUUGUUUUCUAA